CGAUCCCAUUCUUGUCCUGCAGGCAGCAUUCCGGGUGGAGAGUGUGAGUGAGAGAAAGAGAAAGACACAAGAGAUUUGAGGCCGUACACUGUAUAUUUACAAAAAGAAACACGAGCUGUAUGUCCAAACCAGCUGCGGCGUCAAAGCGGGAUAUGGGCUCUCCAGGGCAGAUCCCGGGACAAGACAUGGAGCUCUAAGCUAGCCCUCUCCAUCCAUCUCCAUUUGCUGCCUUGCACGCUGUUUGCCAAAACCACCUCCUCUACCCCUGCUGUAGCGGUUUGGCUCAGACUCCUAUAAGAGAAGAAGAGGGAAAAAAACCCAAGUGGGAGGGAGUAGUAAACUUUCCCCAGCUGCUGUCCAGACACACACAUGCUGCAUUGCUGCCAUUCCCCAAGCCCUGCUCCAUCCAUCCCUAGGGCACGGCCACUAGCUUGCUAGCGAGCUAGCACUUGGCACAAAGACAAGGCCUGUCCUCUGGGAUAAAAAUACAAGCAGACUGUGUACAUUUGCCUCUUUCUUUUUUCUCCCUUUUUCCGGGUCACCCAGCCCAAACACCCAUUAACUGGGGCUCCUUUUGUUUAGCUGUCAUACCCACUGCUUUGAGCAGUGGAGGAUUACUAGUAUCCGGUCAGUCAGUCAUUCAGCCAGGCAGACUGAGGAAGCCAGAGGGGUUGGUUAUCAGAGGCCAGGAUGAUGGAGCCCAGCAUGGAGAACUGCCUGGCCCUGGUCCUGCAGAAGGACAUGGGCCGUCGGCUGCAGGUGGGGCAGGAGAUCAUUGAUUACAUUUUGGAGAAGGAGAAGUCCCACGACCUGGAGCAGGAUCAGACAGCACUGGACAAAAUGGUUGAUGGCAUCGCCAGCUCCUGGGUCAACUCCAGCAACUUCAAGGUGGCUCUGCUUGGCUUGGACCUCUUAUCUGCCUUAGUGACGAGGUUACAGGAGCGAUUUAGGGCCCAUGUGGGAACAGUCCUGCCCAGCCUUAUUGAUCGACUGGGAGAUGCUAAAGACCAAGUGCGAGACCAAGACCAAACAGUGCUGCUAAAGAUCAUGGAACAAGCUGCCAGCCCGCAGUAUGUGUGGGACAGAAUGUUGGGAGGCUUCAAACAUAAGAACAACAGGACCAGAGAAGGAGUGUGCCUUUGCCUCAUUGCCACACUGAGCACAUAUGGAGCUCAAGGCCUGACCCUCAGUAAAAUUGUUCCCCACAUAUGUAACCUCUUGGGGGACCCCACAAGUCAGGUACGUGACGGAGCUAUGAGCUGCUUGGUGGAGAUCUACAGACAUGUGGGUGAGAGGGUGAGGAUGGAUCUCAGCAAAAAGGGCUUGCCACAGUCACGGUUGAAUGUAAUCUUUAGCAAAUUUGAUGAAGUCCAAAGAUCCGGGAACAUGAUCUCAUCGUCUGGCUCAGAUAAGAACUUUGAGGAUGAAGAUUCUGUGGACGGAGGCCGGUCCUCUUCCUCUUCAUCAUCCAAAGCACCCCCCAGUGGCAGGAGGACUGUAGUGAGCUCUGUUAGAAGACCCAGCUCAGCCACCACAGCUAAGGCGACAGGUAAAGAAGCAGGUGCUGGUGCUGUUGAUGAAGAGGAUUUUAUCAAAGCCUUUGAAGAUGUGCCCACAGUGCAGAUCUACUCUAACAGAGAGCUAGAGGACCAGCUGACUAAGGUCAGAGAAGUGCUGUCUGAUGACAAACAUGACUGGGAGCACCGAGUGGUUGCGCUGAAGAAGGUCCGUUCUCUCAUGCUGGCCGGGGCAACAGAGUACGAGGGUUUCCCUCAACAGCUGCGUCUCCUGGAGGCUCCCCUCAAACUGUCAGCUAAAGACCUGCGCUCACAGGUGGUCCGUGAGGCCUGCAUCACACUGGGACAUUUGUCAUCAAUACUGGGUAACAAGUUUGACCAUGGAGCGGAGAGCGUCAUGCCCACACUGCUGAACCUCGUGCCCAACAGUGCCAAAGUCAUGGCCACCUCUGGGGUGGCCACCAUCCGCCUCAUCCUCAGGCACACACACUACCCGCGCCUCAUCCCCAUCAUCACCAGUAACUGCACCUCCAAAUCAGUAGCAGUCAGACGACGCUGUUAUGAGUUCCUAGACCUCAUGUUACAAGAGUGGCACACUAAUACACUGGAAAGACAUGUGGCUGUUCUGACUGAGACCAUCAAGAAAGGCAUACACGAUGCUGACUCUGAGGCCAGAUCCAUUGCAAGAAAAUGCUAUUGGGGUUUCCAUGGUCACUACAGCCGGGAGGCAGAGCAUCUGUUCCAGGCGCUGGAGUCCACCUAUCAGAAGGCCCUCCAGUCUCACCUGAAGAGCUCUGACAGCAUCGUGUCUCUACCCCAGUCUGACCGCUCCUCAUCGUCUUCCCAGGAGAGUCUUAACCGGCCAUUGUCUGUGAAGAGUGUCAUUGGAGGGAGCAUAACAAGGAGUAAGCUGGUGAGCACCAGGGUGUCUACUACACCGGGUUCUCUCCAGCGUUCCCGUAGUGACAUCGAUGUGAACGCCGCCUCCAGUGCCAAGUCACGUCUGUCCACCGUCCCUGCCUCCUCGCCGUUCAGCUCUGCAGCUGCCCUUCCUCCAGGAUCCUAUGCCUCAUUAGAUGGCACUCCCGGUAAAAGUGAUGGUCGUGUUCGUACCAGGAGGCAAAGCUCAGGCAGCGUGGGUGGAGCCAGUACCUCAGUGGUGGACAGUAGGGGGCGCAGCCGAGCCAAAGUUGUCUCCCAGUCUCAGCGAUCCAGAUCAGCCAAUCCCAUCAAUGCCGGCAGUCGCUCCAGCUCCCCGGGUAAGCUUCUUGGCCACAGCAGCUACGGCCGGAUCCCUCGAGCCACGAUGUCAGCCACCACCACGCCAGCAGACAAGCGCAGCAGGAUCCCUCGCAGCCAGGGCUGCAGCCGGGAGACGAGCCCCAGCCGACUAGGCCUUGCCAGCCUGUGUGGUAAAGCUCUUCUUCCUGCUGCUCUUCCCUACCGCACGCUAGCCCGGAGCCGCAUUCCCCGUCCCAGCAUGAGUCAGGGUUGCAGUCGCGACACCAGUCGCGAGAGCAGCCGCGACACCAGCCCUGCUCGGGGCUUCACUCCUCUGGCCUCCCGACGUCACUCCCGUUCAACCAGCGCUCUCUCCACAGCCGACCCCCACAGCCAGUCAGACCGAUAUGGUUUAAUUCACCAAGCAAGAAUCUCUGCAUCAGUCAAUGCCAUGAGGGUCCUGAACACUGGCACUGAGGUGGAGGCAGCAGUUGCCGAUGCUCUGCUAUUAGGAGACUCCAGGAAUAAGAGGAAGCCAUUGAGGCGGAGGUACGAAUCACCAGGGAUGUACUCUGAUGAUGACGCCAACAGCGAUGCCUCCAGUGCCUGCUCUGAGCGCUCAUAUGGCUCAAGGAACGGAGGCAUCCCUCAUUACCUGCGCCAGACGGAGGACGUGGCGGAGGUCCUGAACCACUGCGCCAGCUCCAAUUGGUCAGAGAGGAAGGAGGGCUUACUGGGCCUGCAGAAUCUCCUCAAGAGCCAAAGAAUACUGAGCCGUGUGGAGCUGAAGAGACUCUGUGAGAUCUUCACAAGGAUGUUUGCAGAUCCACAUAGCAAGGUGUUCAGCAUGUUCCUGGAAACUCUGGUGGACUUCAUCACAGUACACAGGGAGGACUUGCAGGACUGGCUGUUUGUCCUGCUCACUCAGCUGCUGAAGAAGAUGGGCGCAGACCUGCUGGGCUCCGUCCAGGCCAAAGUCCAGAAGGCCCUGGAUAUUACAAGGGAGUCCUUCCCAUUUGACCAACAGUUCAACAUUCUGAUGAGGUUCAUCGUCGAUCAGACUCAGACACCUAAUCUGAAGGUUAAGGUGGCCAUUUUGAAGUACAUCGAGUCCCUGGCUCGGCAGAUGGACCCGACUGACUUUGUCAACUCCAGCGAGACGCGUCUGGCUGUAUCUCGCAUCAUCACCUGGACCACUGAACCCAAAAGUUCUGAUGUCAGGAAGACCCUUCAAAACUGGGUGAGCGAGGAGCUAGCUGGCAGGUCCAGUACUGCAGCCUUACUGUCUGCUGAGGGCAACCAGGAAGAAAGGUGUAAGCAGGCAGCCCAGGUGGUGCUGAUCGCUUUGUUUGAGCUCAACACCCCAGAGUUCACCAUGCUGCUGGGAGCUCUCCCCAAAACCUUCCAAGAUGGAGCCACCAAACUGCUGCACAACCACCUGAAGAACUCCAGCAAUACCAGCAGCAGUGUUGGGUCUCCGAGCAACACCAUCGGCCGGACGCCAACACGCCACACCCCCAGCAGAACCAGCCCCCUCACCUCUCCAACAAACUGCUCCCACGGAGGACUGUCUCCAAGCAUGAUGGAGUAUGACACAGAAAACAUGAACUCUGAAGAGAUCUACAGCUCGCUGCGAGGCGUCACCGAGGCCAUCCAGAGCUUCAGCUACCGGAGCCAGGAGGACUUGAAUGAGCCAAUCAGACAGGAGGGCAAGAGGGAUGAUGCUGCAGGAAGAGAGGGUGUAGCGUCCUCUCCCGGCUCUGACGCCCGCCUUGGUUUAGACGUGGUGGAAGGGGGUCGCACCGCCUUAGACAACAAGACCUCGCUACUGAACACGCCAUCACCUCGAUCGUUCUCUGGGCCACGGAGCCGUGAGUUCGCUCCCUAUGGUUACGGAGAAACCAUCUGCACAUAUGACAAGAGCGCCCUGAAGGAGGCCGUCUUUGAUGAUGACGUGGAGCAGUUCCGCGACUGCCGACGUCAGGAAAGUGGUGAAAACAAGAUGACGCUCCCCAAGGUCUUUGCUCCUGCAGUCGGUCAGGACCACUCAGACAUGGUAGCCGACCUGCUCAAGGAAUUGUCCAAUCACAAUGAGCGUUCUGAGGAGCGUAAAGGCGCCUUGGUGGAUCUGCUGAAGAUCACACGAGAAGACAGCCUGGCUGUGUGGGAUGAGCACUUUAAAACCAUCCUCCUCCUUCUGCUGGAGACACUGGGUGAUAAAGAUCACACCAUCCGAGCCCUGGCCCUGCGUGUGCUCAAAGAAAUUCUGAGGAACCAGCCGGCCCGCUUCAAAAACUACGCUGAGCUAACCAUCAUGAAGACCCUGGAGGCUCACAAAGACUCCCAUAAGGAGGUGGUGCGUGCAGCUGAGGAGGCAGCAUCCACCCUGGCCGGCUCCAUUCACCCAGAGCAGUGCAUUAAGGUGCUGUGCCCUAUUGUGCAGACAGCCGACUACCCAAUCAACCUAGCUGCCAUCAAGAUGCAAACCAAAGUCAUUGAACGCAUCGCCAAGGACUCCUUACUGCAGCUGCUGCCUGACAUCAUCCCCGGGCUCCUACAGGGCUAUGACAACACAGAGAGCAGCGUUCGCAAGGCCAGCGUGUUCUGUCUGGUGGCUAUCUAUUCUGUGAUUGGUGAAGAUCUCAAACCCCACCUGGCACAGCUCACAGGCAGCAAGAUGAAGUUACUGAACCUGUACAUCAAGCGAGCCCAGACGACCAACAGCAAUAGCAGCAGCUCCUCGGACGUCUCCUCUCACAGUUAAUGGAGGGAGGUUUCAUUUGAAAACCCUGUGGAUGGGCGCUGUUGGAGGAUUUCCAGGGCAAAGCUGUGCUUCUUUCAGACUUCUCCGUCUCUGAGCUUCCCCUCCUCCUCCACAUCACAACUUGAGCACCACCACGCUUUUCUCCAGUUUAAAGGAGAUCCUGUCAGCAACCGUUGUCAUUUAGUUCCUCCUCCCCACCUUUUGCUCUAGAAACUUAUGAAUGUAAAUGUGGAUUGGGUUUAAACCGGUGGGGAGGAAAUCAACACAUUCUGAGUUUUUGGAUCUAGGAAAUGCACUUUCUGUUCCUCCUCGGUUCCCACGACCUCCACACCGCCUUCUAUCUUUGCGUGUUUCUCCUUAAGCCCUCAGAUUUGGUAGAUUAAAGAGUUCGUACAUGAUGCCGUGAAGUAUUCAUGAUCAGAGGGAGAAAUUUCUGUCAGAUUGAGUACAGUUUGGGAUGAUAUGUCAUUUGGCUGGCCCAGUGAUGGUAACAAGCUCAUAGGUUUUGGGUUGAAUUGUGGUUUGGGAAGCAUAAAACCAAAUAUUGUUAGAAAAAAAAGAAAGAAAUGUGUAAAGGAACAAAGUGACAGAAAAAAAGGAAGUACUGUAUGAGAAUUUUUAGUUCAUGUUUUAAGUUUAUUGAUCAUGAUUGUGGCUCGCAGAAGUCCAUGCAUCGAUUGUUGUCUUUUUUAUGCUAAUCUGUAACUAAAAGUGGCUUAAUCAAUUGAAUCCCCCCUUACGAAAACAAUUGUUACAUUUAAAAAGGUAACAAGGUGCCAAAAGAUACAUUUUCAGCGACAGAAUUGACAAUCCUUAAAAUUUUGUGCAGAUUUUUAUUUUCAGGUACGGAAGAAGAAAUCGGUGGUAGACUGCACAAUAAAGUUGAAUUUGUCUUGAAAUUAACAAUCAGCAGACAGUAGAAAAAUAUGAAAAGUUCAAUUGUGUUGCCUGCAUUUUCUCACUCAACUUUCUGCAUUAAGUUCAAAAACUGUUUUUGUUGUUUGUUUGUUUGUUUGUUUUUAAGUAUACUUUCAGAAAUGGUUGCCUGUUGGUUGCCAGUCUGUGGCAUCUUACCUGUAAAACUCUGAGGUUGCUGCUCAGUAGAGUGACUCUGUUUGAAGAGGAAGUCCUUUGUAAAUAUUCCACAUUUUCCCUGCUUGGAGUCAGGAGAGAUCCAAGCAAUCCCAGACAGUCAGAAAGACAUUACCAGGCCUUAUUCACUUCGCACACUAAUGUUAGUCGACUGGGACUGCAGAGAGUGGAUGGGAUGUACAGCACUGUAACUCUUGGCUCUGAUAAAAAAAAAAAAAAAAAAAAAAAAUGUGAAUCACCAGGAAAACAGACCCGCGGCAGUGUUCUUGACCUGUGACAAUGCAAAUACAGUAUUUGUUGUUUCCUCUGAUCUCCUUCAGUUCCCCUUCACGUAACCACAGCUUCUGCAAUAAAUCCACAGUUAAAGGUAUUUUGUACAUACACUUUUUGACCACUGCUUCGCAAGGUUUUACAUUAUGUCAAUGGAGAAAAAAAAAGAAAAGUGAACAGGUUGACUAUCACUUUUUUGCACGUUAGCAAAAAUAGCUUGCAUGUAUCCUGCAGCACAUGCCAACUUGCUGUUUUGAAGGGCCCAGGUUUUUGGCUGUUAAAGUGCACUUGUGACAUCACCUGAUUACUCAUCUCUGAUUUAAUGUUUCAGCAGAAGAGGUAGUCACAUUAGUCACACACAUAUGUAAAAGGUACAAAAUGUAGAUUUAAGCUGGUAGAAGUAUCCAGGCGAGGUACUGAGAAAUCAUACCUCUGGACACGGCUGUGAUUUAUUGUUGGGGUUUUUUUUUUGCUUUUUUUUUUCCAAGUGUUAGAUUUGAGGUAUCAAGAAGCUUUAAAAUUUUGGAUCUUGCACUGAGAUCUCUCUUUAAGUUGUUGGGUUCCUGAAGUUUAACCCUAAGAGAUAUGACUCCAGCCAUGGAUCCCUGAUUUUGAAAAGUCUCCCCUAUUUGAUCAGAUUUUUUUAUUGCUGGAUAUGAUUUAGAUGAUCGUGGUACAAUUAAUCUACUGUAGGAAGAGAUCAGUCUCAUGCCUUUUAAAUUCCGUUAUCUCAUUUGCUAACUCCUGGCAAAUGACUCAUAAUAAUAAGGAAAUGGAAGUAUUCCUGAUAUCACCUGGGGACAGCCUGAGUCCUUGGAUGGACAAUUUUGGACUCUUGGACUUUUCGUUGAGUAGUGUUUUCAUUCAGGGAAUCCACUGAGAGUUGUGGUUAUUUAAGUAAAUGAAUGUACAGACUUAAUAUGUGUUAUAAUUAGCUUUUUAAGUAUUGGUACUGAAACUGACUUCAGCAACAUGCAGCCCUGUACACUCUGUAAUAUGCCUGUCUGCACUCUACCUGACUUUUCUUUCUCCUAAAUUCCCUCAACAGUUUCAGACCGUUGAUCAGCCUCGUGUUGUUUUUCAGCCAAUUAAAACAAAUCUACACAUGGUGUGAGUUCACCAAUCAGCAAACUACCGGCCACUAGCAUAUGUUAUCACAUUACUGGUCCUAGAAACAGACUACAUGGUAUUCCUUGCAAACUGUUCACUAUGCAUGUUCUACAGUACACUGUCUUUCUUUUGUCUCAAUCAGUCAUGUAUACCUGUAUUUAUAUAUUUUAUUUGAUCUUAUUUUAUUUUGUUCUCUCAUGAUUAAACUGUACAGAAGGGUUUCUUUUGUUAACUUCCACCUGUGAUAGGUUUGCAACAAUGUAAAGAAAUUGUUUGCUCUAGAAAUAAACAGACUAAGAACU